AUUUUCCGACGAGCCGACAAGAAUGAUGAUGGGAAGCUGUCAUUUGAGGAGUUCAAGAACUAUUUCGCUGAUGGGAUCCUGAGCUCAGAGGAGCUGUGGGAGUUGUUCAGUGGCAUUGACAGGCAUCAUUCAGAUAAUGUGGACACGGAGAAAUUGUGCAAUUAUUUCUCGGCCUAUCUUGGAGAAUACAGAAAUGUGCUUUCCGCCCUGGAGGCGCUCAACUCUGCGGUCCUGGCAGCCAUGGACAAAACCAAGCUG